ACAAAAAUGGCUGCAAUUAUGCGUUGAUUAACACAAGUGUUUUGUUUGCAAUCAAUUGAUUAUUGUUUUGAUCGUGUGUUUUGUGUCACGAAUUGUGUUGUAGUGUCCGUGAGAGUGAAUUGAGUAGCAUUUGAUCCGUUGCGGUGACAGUGAGUGACAACACGCCCACCACUUGUGUGCACUUUUUGCCGCCAAUCGUGAGGCAAUCGUAAGCCAUGUUUUACUCGGUGUUUGUGUUGGGAAAGAAGGGUCCGUUGGCCAGAGUCUGGUUGGCCGCGCAUUGGGACAAAAAGAUCACUAAAGCACAGAUCUUGGAGACUAAUAUCGUGGAGAGCGUCGACUCUAUUCUUCAGCCAAAGGUGAAGCUGUCAUUGAGGACAUCGUCUCAUCUAUUGCUGGGAAUUGUCCGCAUUUACGCCCGAAAGACGCUGUAUUUGCUUCAGGACUGUCAGGACGCGGCCUUUAAGAUCAAGUCUGCGUUCAGACCGGGAGCUGUGGAUCUGCCCGAUGGCAAGACUGAGGCGGCCAUCAGUGCCAUCACUUUGCCAGAGAUGCUCGACUUCAUCAAUGACUUUGAUCUCAUCGCUGAGCCGCCAAUGCAAAUGGAACCGCCGGCGACCAGCGCUAACAUCCGUAACAUAACACUAGUGGAGGACAUCUCCAGCAUUCAUGUGGACGACCCGCUGAUGCAAGACGUGAGAGAGUGGUCUGACAUGUCGUCCAUUCACGCCAGUGAUGGCGGAAUCAACUUAAAGGAGACGCCAGUGAUGGGC